AUGGGGAGGCCAAGAGAAAACUUCCAAGCCUUGAACUGCCACCCAAAGGACAGGACAUGGCGGCCGGCGGGGCGAGGCGAGGCGGGCCCGUCCCGCGUCCCUCAGGGCUCCCGAGGCAGCGGCAGCGGCGCCUUCUUCCUCCGGCUCCGGCGACCGUGGCCGCCUCCUGCCCGCCUCACGGAGGAGGCCGCCAUCUUGUCAACAACCGUCGCCGCGCAAGCUGAGGUGGCCGUGACCACUGGGGCCGGGGCCAGUGCCACCGCCGCCCUGGGGGGCCUGCCGGGCAGCCCGGAGGUCAGCUUCGGCUUGCUCUGGCAUUGCUCCGAGACCCUGCAGAGCCUCCCGGACUGCUACGCCUUCGGCGGCCUCGGGCGCUUCAGCCAGAUGCCCUCUGGAUCCUGGCAGACCAGUGCCGUGCUGUGCGCAGGGGGUUGUGCGCUUUUAGCCCUCAGCUCCCUGCUGGCCGUGGUGGUCCUUUUCCUCCCCAGCGGGCAGUGUGAGCGGCGGGCCUGCUUCCUGGCCGGUUACAUCCAGAUGGCAGCGGUGUUCAUCAUGGGAUUUGGGCUUCUGGUGUACCCUUUCGGCCUCGGCUCGGCGACCGUGAGGAGGUACUGUGAGGAUGCCAGCAUCUACUAUGCAGGAGAUUGCCAAAUCGGAUGGGGGUACAUGCUCGCCAUUGUGGGGGUCAUGCUGUCCGUUUUUCUGCCGUUCUUUGCAAAAUAUGCACCCAAAGAGCACUCCUCUCCGACACCCAUCCCGACAAUUUUAUAGCAUUUUGGGUGACCGUUCUUGGAACAAUCUGAACAUUCCCGCUUGAAAUCAAGGGACAGCGGCGUGAUCCAAGCUCUUCCUUUUAGCUUGGCUACAGAAAGAAAUGGCAACCGCGGGCGCACCCAGGAGUCUUCCAGAGGCAUCGAAUCUCACACUCCGGAUCUGCAAUCAACAGUUGCCCAGAGGUGGAUGGAGUGGCCUCAAACAUACACACAGCGGCUAUUGCGAAUAGCAUUAAAGGGGGGGGGAGGAAAGAGAAGUCUGGUUUUAUCCUCAAAAUAUCUGUCUACCUCCCAGUUUUGUUUGUGUGUCGAAAUCUUUUUUAGAACCUCGAUCCAACUUUUGUAUCUCCUUGUUAAAUAUCUGAACUUUUUUGAACCUGUCCUUCCCCAUCUGUGCUAUUUGUGAGUUGCAAGAAACGGAGGCGGGAAAUGCUCACAGAGUAGUUUGUAACAAUUAAUGUGCUGUUGUUUCCAAAGUUGUGGUGAUGCUUCCAAGGUUUUUGUAGGCAUAACGUCCCCAGAAGUGGGUUCCGGGUGAUCAGUGUGACACUUGUCCAGACCCACACAGCCAUGCGUGUUCCUUCCGCGUGUUCUCAUCUGGUCCCCCGCUCCGGAGAACAAGGUGGCGAUUCGAACCCCCAGCCCCUGUUUCUGCAGCCAGGGGCUCCAAGCCGCACAGCUACGCCAGCUCAGUUUAUCAGUUUAGUGUGGGCAAAAGAAAAAAUUGGAGUGCAACAGAAACAGGGCAUCCUUUUUCCCUUCAUUGCUUCGAUCGGUGGGGUGGCCACCUUGAACAUUUGCAGCAAUGCCAUAUUUGGCAUUGGAAAGCCUCACUUUCUGAGCAGGCGACGGUCGUUAUAUCAUCUUUCUUGGCCAAAACGGUGUUUCUGUCCCUAAAAGAGUGGAGCCGGCCGUAGUUCAAGGGGUCAUAGGAGCAGAAGGAGGAGACAAAGAUUCCGUAAGGAGUGACGGAAAAUUAUUGGCAUGGUUUAAGGGAAAUUGAGGAUCGGAGAGCCGCAAAGCGAAGACAUGCAGGCUGGCAAGGUUUCCCAGAAAUACCAAGCAGCCCCCAAGGGUGAAAAAAGUUCAGGUCCUAAAUGAAAAUUCAUUUCCACUGGUAGAUGUGCCUCUCUGAUCCUCCGCAGCUGCCCUUCCCAGGUUUAAAGCCAGGGAGGAGAAGUUUGGGCUCAAUAUGGCCCAUGGAAGCAUCGAGCCAGGGGCCUCUGCCAAGCAAAAUGGUCUACAGAGUCAACUAGCAUCUGCAAGAUUUCAAAUCUGCCUUCUCCUCCUCCUCUGCCUAGGAGUUGAAGGAGCAAAAUUAGCUGCAGUGUCCCCCUGUAUUUGCAAAGAAGGCUGGCUGAGCCCCAGUUGAGUCAGGCUUCGACCCACGCCUGAGGUCCUCCUUGUUCAGAUUCCCCGACUCUGUUGAAAAGCAACGCUCUUGCCAUGUCUUCUGUAUCGGAGAAGGGAAGAGAUUUCUUAGUAUUUCAUUGCACCUCUUGUCAGCCACCAAAGGAGAGGGCUUUGAAAGAAGCAAUUAGACACAUUGACCCACAAGAUGGCCAUCACUAGCCAAAUCCAGUGAAACUGAAGGCUGCUCUCCUGCCAUUUCAUAGUAUGGAAGAGUGAACGUCAUCAGCGCUAGCUUGUACAACUUAACACCAGCAGAGACAUUGUCUUCCACCCAGUUAUUAAAAUCAGAGAAGCCUUGAUUUGUGUAUGUUUCUUGCUGCCUAGUCCUGACUUGAGAGAACCUGCAGUAUCAGUGGCAAUCUAUCUUGGAAUACUAGCCAUUGGGGGACACUUGCAGCCAGACGCUGUUGCCCUCACGGCAUGCUUGUGGAAAAAUUGGAUGUUAGAAUAGGUCGGCUUUUGGUUUGACGGAGCAAGGCUUGGUCGCCUCGAAUUCUUAACUAUAGCAACACAAGAAAUGUGUGUCAAAAGUCUCUCUUGGAGGCUUUAGUGGAAGAAAAGCAAUGUGCAUUAUGUUUUUUUUGGGGGGGGGCACAUCCUUGGCUCAGGUGCCCGUUGCUAAAGAUAAAGGGUGGCUCUCUGUUAGCCACCAAACUUGCUGGAAACAAGAGGUUCCUAAGAAGGGGUUGUGUGGAACACAAGGAUGGAUUUCAGAAUCAGAAAGGCCUGUUUGAUCAUUUCUGGGUUUGAUUUUUGAAACCCUUUUUUUGAGCAUUUCCAGGCCUGAUGGAGCCUGCACCACUUUUACACAGUGUAGAAAAUGUAGUGAAAGAAAAUGCUUUGUUUAACUGAACUGUUCUUUUUUAAAAAACAUGGGAUUAACAUGCAGGAAUUUGAGCCACUGAAAACAAUUCAGGUUUCCUUAUUUGAUUUCUUUCAGCAAUAAUAUUUAAAUUUUUUUGCCCAAAGUUCAUGUGCACUUCACCCCACAUUUUACAAAUUGGGAGGAGGGAAAUGGAGAGAGUCAAAGCUCAUUGGCUGUUAGUUGGUUAGGACCUUUCAGCCUCUGUCUUGCAAGAUGCUCCUGUAAGGAUUAGAGGACUUAAUCUGCUUAUUACGCCAGAAAAAUAUGUUAUCUCCGGAUCAUAAGUUAAAUUGGAUGCCAGAGAGGGAGUUGGUUUCUGCUUGAGGAUUGUAUUGAUCCAUCAGAAUAAGGUCGGUGUUCCUCCCAGCUUGUGUGGACAUGAAUAUCUGGGUAUUUCUCCCCCCC